AUAAAUAUAAAGCAACAUGAAGUCAAAGGAGCCGAAGAAGGAACAAUUUCAGUAUUUUAAACCCAGGAAAGUCAACGGAGGAGUCGGAGCCAAAAUGUCUCAGCCUUGAGCAACUCCGAUCCGGCUCAAAAAGGGUCCUAAUCAGCUUAACCCAGAUUAUCCCCAGAAGUCUUGCUUGAUUGCAAACUCAUAUUCUAAACCAAGCGUGGCCGGAACCACUGAGAAAGCCAAGAAACAAGUUGGCAACAUGACUCACGACAAGCGAAUGUCAUUGCUGGUGGGUGACCCCUCUUACAGCGACAGAGCCAACAAAUACUGAAACCAGUUGCCAAUUGGUAAAACGCCUCCCCAAGCUAAGCAGCCAGGGAGCACCAGAAAAGGCCAGUCCAAAGAUUACUUCGAACAAAAAGACAGCUCCAUCAUCGGCAGCACUCGCAAGCGACAGCUCAACAGGUCGCAGUCGAAGAUGGCCCAGAUCCAUGAACUCAACCCCAACACAUCGGUGAGUGACCUGAGAGAAAAAUAGCGUCAACCGAAGAAUCAACUUAAAAAGCAUGACUUCGAAGAAACAUAAUAAGAAUGACAAGUUCGCUCAUCUCCGUCGCAAGCAGAAGCCUGCGCGCAAGAACUUUGCAGAACCAUAUGGUAAAGAAACUAUCAGAGAGUUUACUUACGGAGCGAAGCCGCCGAAGUCGAUGGCUGAAAUACCCACUCGCUGCAGGGCUGGUAACAAAAGCAUUCUUGAGACUUUGAGUCGGGGUCCACGAAGAGACCCUAGCUGCUGAGUCAACAGCGAGCAAGGCAAACAGCGCAGGUACACUCCUGUGGAACAAUCAGACGGAGCCCGGCAUGACAAAGCAGUCAUCAAGGGUGGGCUCUCGUCUCGCAAACUUCACAAGUCUAUUGAGUCAGGUUAUGACUUGAUCCCUGAACUUCGGCAUUCUCCUCAGGCUAUAGCAGGUGACGAUGAGAACACCACCGAGGCACUCACCAAGCUUGACUUUGACUCAAUGAAGGGGUCUAUUGAUAUACGAGACAAUAUGGCUCCGAGAGUUGUGACUCCUCACAGCGAUUCGGCUCAGACUUACGAUCCCAGAAUCGUCGACAAGCCUCCGUGAGAAGACUCAAUCAUCAUGAGCGACAUCUCCGAUGACAAGAGCGAGUCGUUCGAAGAACCCGAGAUUGAGCCGUUCCGACAAAUGAGACGCGAAGUGGUUGCGUCUGAGAUGGCGGAGUCACGCUUGGCUACACUUGGGAAAGGCGUCGUGAAGGCUGAACCUGACCAAACUCAAACACAGAAUUCGUUUGUUCGGAACUUUAAGAGAUUCUUUCGGAGUCCUUCAUACUUCUGAGGAUGCAGAGACGAUCUUGACUUUCGUUGCUGAGAAAGGGCAGGCAGCUGGAUACAGCUGGCUGAGUGCAAACCUAGGAGUCAGAUCUCGAAAGACUACUACCAAAAAGAAUACGAUAGUUUGCUUCAUGAACUCGAGUCGGGACCCGACAUUAUUGGCGAGACUCCCGGUCAAGAAGGCACACAGACACUCUCAGACAAACGAGAAAGCAUCGAAGGGAACAAAAUACAGAUCAUCAAAGACCUUGACAGGACCUUCGUCGAUAGCAAGAGCUUCGGCACAGGUACUGACGGCAGAGACCAACUGAUGGUCGUGCUGCAGCUGAUCGGACUGAAGUACCCGGACAUUGGAUAUGUACAGGGUAUGAAUUUCUUGGUGGCUGCAAUUUUGUAUCACUCUUCUCCACCGGUCGCUCUCGGAAUCAUGGAAUAUCUCAUGGAUAAUUUAAAGAUGUAUUAUGUCUAUGGUGAGGGACUCAAAGGAGUAAGCUUUCAUAAUGAAUUCCUUGAGAUACACGUUAAGAAAUACCUACCAAAGUUGGUGAAGCAUUUAGAAUGACAUGACAUUAAUCUACAGAUAUUUUUCACCCAGUGGAUUCUUGAUUUAUUCAGCCAUAUAAUUCCGUUAUCAGAGUAUUCUGGAUUUCUUUACAAUCUUAUGAAGCAUAAAUGGAACUUCUUCUACCGCCUCGUCCUAAAUCUCCUGCAAAAAAUGGAACCGGUCCUCCUUAAGAUGGAUGAUUGAGAGAACAUUCUCGAAGGUAUUAAGGAUUUCGCGAUAAAGGUGAACUGGAAGAAAUGAAUAUCAGAAGCUAAUUCCAAGUUUAAAAACCUAAAUGAAUAA